AUGAAGUGGUUCAACAAGAACAAGCACAAGAAGUCGCAUUCGACCGGCCAGCAUUAUGCUGCCAACCCUAGCUUCCCGGCGAGGACCCCGCCGUCUGCGACAAGUCAAAGUCAAAUCGUCGCUCGUCUCCCUGAUCCCAUCCUAGAGCGCAUCUUCACCUUCGUGUGCCCGCAUUCGCAGGACGAGACCUAUGAGGACUGCGAAAAGUCAAGCAUCGAGGAUACCUGCAUGCUAUGCGACCUGCGCGAUCUAUCUCACUGUGCGCAAGCCUCAAAACGAUGGCGGGUCCUAGCUACAAAAGUGCUCGUACGCAUUGAUUCUGUACACUACUGUCCUCAAGAAGAGAUCCUCGCCGAGAAGCGCAAACGCAAGUCGUUCUACAGUCGAAAUGCGGAACCCGAAGAUACGGCUGCUGCGAGGCUGAGGCUCCUGGCUCGGACAUUGCGAAGCUAUCAGGGGACAUUGGCAUUACAUGUACAAUACAUGAAGAUCCCGUAUAUGACGAGGGAGACAUGCAAGCCUGAUCUUGCUCGCGCGGUCGCUGUGUGUCCGAAUCUGAAAUAUGUUGAUCUUCCGGACGGUCUCUAUACCGAUGAUCCCUCUUGCCAUGGUCUGAAGCAAGAAGUACAGGCACGAUGUCCGGAUCUGCGAAAGAUGUCUUACAUUGGAGGAGCUGAGAGAAGUCUGGAGAUCCUUGCCAGUGGACAAGUCUGGCGGAAUCUGGAGGUGUUGGAGCUAACCAAGUUGAAUAUGGACUCGAACAUUAUGCGACAAGCACUCGGCUCUCUUCCGAAUCUCCAUGCUCUUAAGGUCACCGACAUGAAAGCAUUUCACGAUGAUUUAUUCAGACAUAGCGACAUUCUUCCUCCUUUUCCGAUUCUUGCCGAAUUGAGCUUCGAGAAUACUCCGAAUGUCACAGCAGACGGACUCACUGCGUACCUCUCUAGGCCUGACACAGCAAAUGCUCUGAAGACCUUGUUGUUGACAGCCACAGGCAUAGUUCCUGGAACUUUGCAUCAGAUCCUACUUGCUGCUCCAGCUCUGCGGCACUUGUCUCUUAUUGAGUCUGUGACUUCUUCAUUCCCAGCAAGCAGCAAUGUACCUACCCUACAAUCAAGAUCCCUGGAGACAUUCCAUUACGAGAUCACUUCCGGCACUUCUGCAAAUUCAUAUGCCAGCACAACUGCAAGCUAUUACAACUACCUCACUAGGUCGCUUAUGUCAGGGGGCUUGCCAAAUCUGAAAGAACUUUAUAUUCAAGAUCCCGACUUCCCUGAAUCCCUCGUUGACUUCAGACCUCCUGCCGCCCCAUUUAUGUCUGAUCCUGACAACUUCACACCUCCAAUGAGCCCAUUUUUAGGCAAUCCGAAUAGAUUCAGCUCGAACAAUCCGUUUGCAAAGAUGCAAACCGGACCGGGUCUCAGUCAGGAUUUGCAAGUUUACAGCAAGGGUCUCGACGAGGAAGAGUGGAACUUCUCACGUGUUCAACCACCAGCGCGAGGCAGGCGGGGCAGCGCAUCAGCGCCACGGCCAGUCAGUAGCUACGGACUAGGUGAAGGUUUGGGGAGAGCUUGGACUCAACAGGCGGGUGUCAGGAAGAGCGCCAUUGUCGGGAAUGGAUUUGGUGGGUUGCUUGCUGUACCUGCCGAUGCCAAUGGCCGACCGAGCAGUUCGGCUGGUGAAAAGAAACGAGGCAGUACCUACGAUAUGUGGCGAUAG